AUGACAAGCCCUCUCUUUCCCGUGCCACCAGGCACCGAGACCGUCCAGAUCCGAAUCAUUGACACAACCACGCGGAUAAAAAAGCUCCCAGUGAGCUAUCUCAUGCAACCACCAAUGGAAGGGUUAAUUCAUAUGCCUGACAUGCCAUCCUGGUCCUUCCUGAUUGAACAUUCCUCCGGUCAAAAGCUUCUCUACGACCUUGGUGUACCGAAGGCCUGGCACUUGUUCUCGCCUUGUAUUCUCCAGAUCAUCGAGGGGUCGUCAUCAGAGCUUACUGUCGAAAAUGAUGUGGUUGAUAUUUUGAACACUAACGGGAUAGAAGCAGAUCAGAUUUCCGGAAUCAUCUGGAGCCAUUGGCAUUUCGACCACGUCGGUGAUCCAUCGCGAUUUCCACCAUCCACUGAUUUGAUCGUUGGGCCAGGAUUCAAAAAUGCAUUCUUACCUGGCUAUCCAGCCAUUCCCGACUCUCCUGUUCGCGAAAGUGACUUUGCUGGAAGAAAUCUACGAGAGAUUGAUUUCUCCGAAGGCGUCAAAACUGGCCGCUUCCGUGCCUUUGACUUCUUCGGGGAUGGCUCGUUCUACCUUGUCGAUACUCCGGGUCACGCUGUGGGCCAUCUAAGCGCACUUGCUCGGACCACAACGAGUCCAGAUACCUUCAUCUUCCUGGGUGGUGAUUUGUGCCACCAUUCAGGUGAGAUUCGGCCCUCUAGCCACAUGCCUCUCCCCGCAGACCUGCCGGCAGCAAUACCCGCUACGGCAUGGCCAUGCCCUGGGGCCGAAAUAUAUCGAAAGAUGCUUCUUCAACGUAACGGCUCUGCGGACAAUCCAUUUUUUGGUCCGGCGCCGAUGGUUGGGGUUGAUAUCGAGGAAACAACGCAAACGAUCGAGAAAGCACAGGACGCGGAUGCAGAGAGCAACAUCUGGUUCAUUUAUGCGCACGACACGAGCUUGAUCGGAACUGUUGAUCUGUUUCCAUUGCCAGCGAAUGAUUGGAGAAAGAAAGAUUGGCGGAGGAGGACUCUUUGGACUUUUCUUCGAGACUUUGAUACAGCCAUAAAUCUUCAGAAAUAG